AUGAAGAAGUACCAGCUAAUUGGACGUAAAAGAGUUUUCACUAAAUCAAAGCCGAAUGUGAACUAUCCUACGGCGCAUCUUUGCUCAUUGCCUGUUGAGAUAUUGUUCGAGAUAUUUAAUUGCUUCGAAGACGACUUAAAAGUGUUAUUGAACUUAUCUUUGGUUUGUAACAAAUUUCACACGAUAAUCAACAAGAAUUUUCUUUACAAUAAUAUAAUAAUUACUACUCCCAGGAGUUUUUCCAAGUUUAGUCAAACUCAUUUACCUAGUACAUCUCAUUCAAUUACGAGAAGGUUUGGACAUAAUGAACCAAGUAAUAAUAUAAAUUUGGUAAAAACCGUUCAUUUUAGAAACCCUCCCACCAGUUAUUCAAGCAACCGAACGACAAAAAUUGCUGGGACAUAUGAUGUGGAAAGUGUUCGAAGUAGAGAUGAACAGGUCAGUUUCGAUGAGUACAUCCAUUCCUUUACAAGUUUACUUAAAGAAGCAUAUGGUUUAAAAACCAUUGCUAUAAGCGAAAUAUCGCCCGAGUUUUCAUUUCCGAAUGAUAUACCUUUUAAUUCUUCUAGUGUGUUUUCUAGUUUCAAAUCGAAAAGACCGUCUAGAAUCUUAGGCAAAUUAAUCUUAAAAGCACAAAGCGGGUGGUCCAUACCAUUUAGAAUCAGUCAUAUAUCAACUUUGUUUAAUGUUUAUGAUACAAUAGAUGAAGUGGUCUUACAUAAUUUUGUUGUUGAUGAUCUGAAAUUGGCUUCAAAUUCGUCUAAAAUUGGUGGUAUUAAUAGGUUGACGUUAAUCUCCAGCAUUUACUCGAAUAGUUUAUCUAAGAAGGUACCUAAUCAAAGAAAAAAAUGUCCUGAAAUAUUUCUCGAUGUCACAGAAUUAAGGUUAUUGAAUAUUUUAUCAGGUAGCGAUUUAUCAGUCAUUGAUGUUAUAAAGCAAAAUGGCAAAUUAUCAAAACUAACUUUGGAUCUUGAUUCUCAAAUAUUCUAUCUGAUGGCAAAGAACUCUAAUAUGGAAAAACAAUUCAAUUUUGCUAGAUACAAUCUUUUUUUCAAAUUGCUUUGUUCAGGUCAAGGAUCUUAUGCAAACUUGACUGAAUUAGAAUUAAUUAAUUUUGACCUUUUUGGUGCUUUUAGACAUAAACAUAAAGUAAAGGAAGAAGAAGAAGAAGGCGACGACUGGAUUGCACCUCUGACAGACACUUUUGAGAAUUUAUUGGUAAAUUUAUCAACUAUCCAGAACCUUACUAUUGUGUUGAAACAAAGUCCGAAAAAGGUUCGUACCUGUACUAAGUGUGGUUUUACAGAAAGUGAGCAGCCAGAUAAGAAAAUUCUUUUAUUGAAUAAUAGAGAAUGGGCUAUAUUGCUACAGCCUUUGUUAUCAGAAAACGAAGACUGUACAGUCAAUAUAUUCGAUCACAAGGGAAAUAGAAUCUUUGUAAGAUCUAAAUAUAUAUGA